CAGUCUUCCCUCCUGUGUAUAUAGAGAGUACUCGCACGUCUCCUGCAUGUAAUAUUCAAAAGUGUCAAUAAUCACGUACUGGGUAGGGGAUGGGUGCUUGUUCACUGAUUCUUGCAUCAUUUUCUUUGUCAGUGCUAGAACAGUUAGCAACAGCUUGACGACUUUUGGUCUGUUCAGACGGCACAAGAAUGGAUCUUCAAUUCACCAAAAUCCAUCGACGGGACCGAGAAGAAGUACUGUCAUACUUCAGCGAAUGCAAUCAAAACACUCUUAUUGAAGCAUGUCUCAUCAAGGAUGUUGGCGGGACACCCAGCUUCAGUGAGCACUUUGGGGAACAAACGAGCUAUGAUUUAGCUCAAACUUCUACGCUUAACACUAAAAAGGUUCCUCCAACUAGAAAGAGUUUAAGUGCUACAAAGCAGAAAAAUGUUCAGAUCCAAAGAAACAUUGAAAACAUUGAAAACAUUGAAAUCACUGCCAGAUCUGCAUCAAAAGUCUUAUCUAUUGUUGAAUACAAAAGGAAAGAAGAUGCUAUUGCCAGGUCCAAGGCAGCCCUAGAUGCAAGAGAAGAGCAAGAAAGAGUGGCUUUUGAGGCUCAACUACAGGCUCAGCGACAGGCACAAGAAUUGAAAUCCAAUAAAGAGCAGUUGCAGCUCUUAAAAGAGCAAGAGGCAUUUGCUGCUGAGCACAAACAACGUAAAGAAUUGCAGCAACAGAGACUUGCUCAGAGACUUUCCUUACGAGAUGAGCAAAUUAAAGCCGUGGAACUCCUAAAAAAGGAGGCAGAAGCAGAACAUAAGAAGAAAAUUGCUGAAAUUUCUGCCUGUGUUAAGGCAGUUGAUCAAUAUUUCACCCAAUUCUCUGAUGUCUUCCAUAAAAUUCAUCACGAGUUUCAAUCAAAUCAGACUUUAUUAUCUCCUCUAGCCGUUGAGGUCAAGCCUCUCAACAUAAGCAUGCAUUCCUUAAUACAGCGUAUGAAAACUGAAGAUGUAAACAAAAAUGAUGUUGAGGCAGCAAAGAACCUAUGCUCUAAAAUCAACUUAAUAUAUGCCAAUAUUUUGGAGGAAGUUGCCAAAGCUAAAAAGCAGGCUGAGGAAAAAGAACUUCUUAAGAAACAAGAACUUGAGGCUCAAGCCCAAUUCAAGCAAAACCAGGCACAACCACAGGAUGUGACAGCUUUUAGUGUUCAAGUUGUAAAAGACUCUGGUUCAGGUGAUGAACUUUCAGAUUGUGUUGCAAGAGAAUCUCUCCAAUGGUACAGACAACUAAAAAUACUCAAGCAAAAUAAUGAGAAAUUAUUUGAACAGUUGAUAAAAGAUGACAGUUUCAAAAAAUAUAGAUUUGACUGCCAGAAAGCAGUUAACAUCCCUGUUAAUGCAAUAUCUCCUGUGAAUGCAUCUCAUCUGCGAGAUAAGCUUCAAAAGUUGAGUCAUCUUUUAUCGGGUCACCCAGUUGUUGUCGGUGAUGGAGCUCGGGUAUCAGCUGCCCAGCAUCCUGCUGGCAUUCCGUUCUGCAAAGAUCUGCUCGCCAAAAAAUUUGUGAAACAAGGUGCAUCUACUGUGUCCAGCAAGCCAGAGGCAGCAUUUGCAAUUGCUGCAGUUGUGGUAUCUCUCUGGCAAGAGUUCCCAGAUUGGGGUCAGCUUCUAUUAGCUCAUUUUCACCAUGAAUGUCCCUACCUUGUGCCAGUUUUCUGGCCACAGUUGGAAGGACAGUCAAACAAAGAUUAUUACCUAUCUUUAGGCUACACCUACAAUGAAGAUGGUGAAGUAGAAAAGCAAGAUAAAUUCUUGAAACGUAUGUCUGGUAUUAUGAGGCUCUAUGCUGCUAUACUUAUCACUCGCUUGCCACGUGACAAACAAACUUUGCCUCACCCUCAUGACUUGGGAAAUGGGUGGCGAUGGCUUACCGCUCUUCUUAACCUCGAACCCCGACCAGAUAUUUGUGCCUCUCUUUUGUAUGAUUUUCUGGAGGUGACAGGAAGCAGUUUGUUGGAGCAGUAUGGUCGUCAGUACCGCAAGCUUCUAGUAAUUAUAUGCAAAGGAUAUUUUCCACGACUUCAAAAGAUUGCCAUAAGCUCCAGUGGACCCAUUGUACGAUUGGAAACUUUCCUUCAGACAAUUCUUAAACAGGGAAGUAAACCACCGGUAGGUUUACUUCCUACCAACUUCUGGUAAUUUUUGGAAAUAGCUUGAUUUUUCCAAAACAUUUUACUUUAGAAGUUUUUUUUGUUUUUUUUUUAAAUGUACAUGCGGCUUAUAAACCCCUUCAAUUUUAUUUGUUUUUGUUUUUAAAUGAAAUCAUUGUGGAUGUAGAAAUUAUGGAACAUAUUUGACAAUAAUACCAUUUAUUUAUUUAUUGUAA